AUGACGCUCGUGACAGUCCCCUCGACGUCUCUCAUCACUGAUGCCACUGCCAGCGGCGAUGCUACAGCGGACGGUUACCUCACAACUAAUCAUGCUACAGCCGCCGGCACAACCGCCGUCAGUGGUGCCGUUGAACCGGCACCCGCGUUCGAGGAACCGCCGGUCUCGCGUCAGCGGAGGGAGACGGAGGAGCUGUUGUUAGCGGUUAACUCGAGCGUGCUGCUUCGGAUUCUGUCUGACGUCAGCCUUUCUGCGGAGGACCUUGCGCGCCUCGAGCUUGUCUGCGGGUUCUUCCGCCGGCCCGCGCAUCUGACCCCGCAUCCGCGUCUCUCGCUGGUGGAAGUGGCGGCGCACGACCGCUGCCAGCAGCACUCCCUGCGCUUCCGCAUGCUGCCGCCCGCGCAGCAGCGCCUGCUGUGGGCGCGCUGCGGUCGUUCGUGGAAGCUUCUGCUGCGCUUCCUCAUCACCAGCGACAGCUGCAUCAGGCACGGGCAGCCGCAGGUGGCAGCGGGGUGUGCGCACAGCGUUGCGGUGGGGCGCGGUGGAGAGGUGUGGACGUUCGGGCAUGGGUCAGCAGGGCAGCUGGGGCGACCCCUGGCUUCUGCUAGCAGCACUGCUGGUGCUGGUGCUGGUGCUGGUGCUGCUGGUGCUGCUGCUGCUGCUGGUGGUUAUGCUGGUUUCGCCGCCGCUGCUGCUGCUGCCGUUGGUGGUUUUGCUGGGCUUGCAAACGAUGUGACAACCACUCUAGCCACCACUGCAACGGGGGCUGUGACUGUGACUUUAAGGAGUGGGAUUGAAACGGGAGCGGUGGGGAGCGGUGAUGCAUCGUCCGCGGAACCUUCCUGGAAGCCUCAGAUUGUGAGAUCAUUGCUGGGCGUGCGCGUGGUGCAGGCAGCAGCAGGCAGGGCGCGGACAAUGCUAGUCUCAGACACAGGCUCGGUGUAUCACUUCGGCCGGGACUGCUUCGGCGACCAGGAAUACUCGCUCACCUCCCCCGAGCCUGUCACCGAGCCUCGGCUCGUGGAAUCGCUUCGGCACAUUCAAGUUGUUCAAGUCGCCCUCGGGAAUUUCUUCACCGCAGUGCUCUCAGCUGAAGGCCGCGUCUUCACUCUCUCUUGGGGCGGCCGGGGGGAUGGCAGACGCACCCCCCUCGCUGCCGCUGCUGCUGCCGCUAUAGCAGGAGGGCACUGCUACCUGCUGGGACUGACAUGUGCCAAGGAGCCUCAUGGCAGGUCUGUCUGGUCCAUUGGCUGUGGCCUGGGCGGCAAGCUAGGCCACGGCACGAAGUACGACGAACGCCGCCCGAAAGAAAUCGCGCACUUCAAAACCCUAGAGUUCGCCCCUACAGCCGUUGCUGCGGGCGCGUGGCAUGCUGCUGCUGUUGCUGCUGACGGUAGAGUCGCCACGUGGGGGUGGGGCAGGCAUGGGUGUCUAGGGCAUGGCAAGGACCAGUGUGAAACGCUGCCCAAGCUCCGUCCAGUUGUGAAAGCAUGCCACGUGGCAGCAGGGGAUUACACGACGUUUGUGGUGGGGGAGGGCGGCGAGGUGUGGUCGUUUGGGAGUGCAGAGAGCGCGUGUCUGGGGCAUGGGGGUGGGUGGGAGAGGGAGGAUGAGGAGGAAGGCGAGGAGAUAGACGAUGCUGAUCUACAUGACAUCGUGGUGAGUGGUUGUUGCUUCAGGGUCGUGUCGUGUCGUGUGUGGCUUGGGGCAUGGGGUCGCUCUCGGGCUCUCCCAUCCCUUCCCGUCGCUCUCGCUCUCCCCAGUCCCUUCCCGUCGCUCUUGCUCUCUCCCCUCCCUUCCCGUCGCUCUAUCUCUCGCCGCUCCCUUCCAGUCCCUCUCGGUCUCUCCCAUCCCAUCCCGUCGCUCUCCCUCUCUCCCCUCCCAUCCCGUCGCUCUCCCUCUCUCCCCUCCCUUCCCGUCGCUCUCUCUCUUUCGCCACUCCCUUCCCGUCGCGCGCUCUCCAGUCGCCCGUCGUUUCCACCCGGUUCAUCACCGAUCUCGUCGCCCUCGCUCUUGCUCUGUAAUGCCCUCUCCGCACCCUCCUUCCCUCCCUUCACAAUUUGUCUUCCCUCCCCGCAUCACAGCGUUCUUCCUCUCUCCCCUCCCAUCACGUCGUUCCUCCUAUCUUCCCUUCCAUCCCGCGUUCUUCCUCUCUCCCCUCCCAUCACGUCGUUCCUCCUAUCUUCCCUUCCAUCCCGCACUCUUCCUCUCUCCCUUCCCAUCCCGUCGUUCCCCCUCUCUCCCCUCCUCUCCCGUCGCCCCCCAGGUCACCAGUCCCUUCUCUUCGCCUUCGCUGCCAAUCAACCGUCCCGACGCCCUUCCUCUUUUCGUACAUCAUUCCUUUCUUUAUUUUAG